AUGGCUUCUUUGCGAUUUGUCAAGUCUGUUUGGGAGUCCUUUCGGGCUACUUCGGGGCUGGAGCCUCGUUUAUUGAACAAUCUUCGUGUGACUGGCGCAAGGCCAGGAUUUGUCAAUUUUGAACUGGACAUUCAAAAAGAGCACACGAAUCGUUUGAACAUCCUCCAUGGAGGUACUAUUGCUAGCAUGGUCGACCUUGGCGGUUCAUUGGCCGUAGCAUCCCGUGGACUCUUUGCAACAGGCGUCUCGACGGACCUCAAUGUGACCUAUCUCAGCUCUGGUGGUAAGAUCGGUGAUAAGAUCCUAGCGGAGGUCACUUGCGACAAAUUCGGCAAAACCCUUGCAUACACGUCGAUCAAGUUCCUCAACAGCAAAGGUGAUAUUGUCGCAAGAGGAAGCCACACAAAGUUCAUUGCGCUGGCCUGGAAGGACCCGCAAAAUAUUGUCGAAGAGCUCAAGCGAGACUCAUAG